AAGAUGUUCAUAGGGGGUCUCAAUUGGGAUACUACAGAUGACUCGUUGAGAAAGUACUUCUCCCAGUUUGGCAAGGUCGACGCAUGCACCAUCAUGCGCGACGCCGCCGGCCGCUCGCGGUGCUUCGCAUUCCUCACAUUCGACGACCCGGCGUCUGUGAAUGCGGUCAUGGUCCGGGAGCAUUUCCUGGAUGGAAAGAUUAUCGAUCCCAAGCGCGCGAUCCCGCGGCAGGAACACCAGCGUGCUACGAAGCUCUUCAUCGGCGGCCUUGCGGGCAGCGUCACCUCCGAGUCGAUGCGUGAAUUCUUCUCACAGUUCGGUAAGGUGGUGGACUCGACCGUCAUGCUAGAUCGGGAGACGGGACGGAGCAAGGGCUUCGGAUUCGUGUCGUUUGAAGACACGGAUGUGACGCCCUUCCUCGGCUUUGGAAACCUGGAGAUCGACGGCAAGAUGGUGAGUGGCCUGCUCUUUUUUUUUGUAGCGGAAAACGCGCUGUCUUCGCUAAGCGCUGGAUUGCUGACUUUAAUCUUCUGCUUUGGCGCCGUCGCAGAUCGAUGUCAAACUGGCACAGCCGCGCUCCCAGCGUGA